AUGGCAGACACCAACGAAGAAGCUCCUUCGGGGGAGUCUUCGGGACCCCAACAAGCCGGGCCCAACCCUCCAGGUGAGCCGGUGUUCUGGGGCCAGAAGUGGCAUGAAGGUGGCUUCGAGAAGAAUGUUAUUCACUUCGACAAGACUGCCAAGGUCAUGCGAGACAUCUUUGAUGCAACUCAAGGAUUUCAGAAAGAGCUUGGAACCCGCUAUACCUUCCUGGACAUCGCAUGCGCGCCGGGCGGCUUCUCCAGAUUCAUGUGCAGUGACCCACGCUGUGAGAGGGGCUGGGGGAUCAGCCUGCCUGUCACGGAGGGCGGCUUCCGACUGCUCUUUACCUGGAGCACGCCCGACGAAAGAAAGUUCCAGGUGAAGUUCAGAGAUAUGCUGACUCUCGAGCCAGAAGAUUGCAAGGCUCUUACAGCUUCUUCAUGCUGCCUUGUUGCAUCCGUCGCAAUAUCAACGUAUGACGGCAGCAGAUGUGCAGAACAUCUGUCAAUGCCUUGUGCAGCAUGA